UCUUCCUCCACCAUCCACCCCAUUUCCACCUAUAAAACCUCCCCCCGCCAUCCGUUCCCACAUCACAAUUCCACAACCCAAACCACAAGCCAAGAAACCAGCACCACCGCGGGGAGCAGAAAAUAGCAAGCCAAGGCCGCGGCCGUCUCCAGUCUCCCUCCCCCGUUCUUCCACAGAGCCGGCGGACAUGGCGGUCGACCUGAUGGGCUGCGGCGGCUACGAGCAUCUCGCGUUCCAGGAGGCCGCCGCCGCGGGGCUGCGCAGCAUCGAGCUGCUGGCGUCCUCGCUCUCCUCCCGCGCCGGACGGGCACAGUCGCCGCCGCUCGGACAGAUCGCUGACCAGGCGGUGUCCAGGUUCCGCCGCGUGAUCAACCUCCUCGACCGCACCGGACACGCCCGCUUCCGCCGCGCGCCCGCCGCGCCCACGGAAACGCCUCCUCCAUCUCCCGCUCCCGCGCUGUCGCCGCCUCCGGCUGCGCCCGUGUCGCAGACGGCGGCACCGCAGAAGAGCCUGACGCUGGACUUCACGAAGCCGGCAACCAAGACCGCAGCGACGCCGGCGGUCUCCGCGACGUCGACCUCCUUCCUGUCGUCCGUGACGGUGGGCGGCGACGGCAGCGUGUCCGGGGGGCGGAGCCUCGCCGUCACCUCCGGCAAGCCUCCCCUCCCGAAGCGCAAGCACCCCUGCGCCGCCGCCGCCGCCGUGGCGCACGCGCACCCCGAGUGCUCCACCGUCGGGCUGUGCCACUGCUCCAAGAAGCCGAAGCGGAAGCACCCGCGCGGCGCGACGCGCACGGUGCGCGUGGCGGCGCCGGCGUCGGGGUCGCGCGCGGACAUCCCGGCCGACGAGUACUCGUGGCGCAAGUACGGGCAGAAGCCCAUCAAGGGGUCCCCCUACCCGCGCGGCUACUACCGGUGCAGCACCGCCAAGGGCUGCCCCGCGCGGAAGCACGUGGAGCGCGACGCCGCCGACCCCGCCACGCUCGUCGUCACCUACGAGGGCGACCACCGCCACGACGCCCUCGCCGGCGCUGCCCGCGUGGCGUGAAUCCCUGAACCGAUCAUUAGCGGCAGUAGAUCAGUAGGACGCUUCUUCGAUUUGUUCUUUGGAUUAGCGGUAGCGGCUCGUGUAAAGAAUCAAAGAGAUGUGGCCGUAGCCUCAAAACUCAUCUCUAAUGGGCAAUUUUCUUGACAAAUCAGUGCCAUUUUUACGAUCGUUUCCUCCAA